CUGCUAUCGUCGAGGAAAGUUUCGAGAGCAAAUGUGUCUGUAUUUUGGUGUUGUUUUACAGCUCAAAUGAAAAGCAGCUCACUCGAGAACGAGUGUAACAUGAUGACUACCUGUUCACUGGAGCACCCUAACGGGCAGGAGGCCGACUCUGUCCCUGCCAAGCGGCUCUGCAAGGGGAAGUGCGCGCAUGAUGGGUUGGUCGGAGGUGGAGUGGGGGAGACAAGCAGGACCGUGGAGGUGUCUAUAAUCAUGCCAGUGUAUAACGCCUCCUGCUGGCUGGAUGAGUGUCUGCAGGGGAUUCUGGACCAGGACUACACUGGCUCAAUGGAACUGUCUGUCUACGAUGACGCCAGCACUGAUGGUUCCAGAGCGAUAGUGGAAGGAUGGAGGGAGAGGCUGGAGAGGAGAGGUGUUUCCAUGGUGAUCUCUGGCCAUGACUCCGCCCAACCCAGAGGAGUGGGCCAUACCAAGAACCAGGCUGUGUCUCAGAGCUCUGGACCAUACCUCUGCUUUCAGGACGCUGAUGAUGUGAUGAUGCCUCAGAGAAUCCGUCUCCAGUACGAGGCCUGCCUCGUCAACUCUACCUCUUUGAUUGGCUGUCAGGUCCGCAGGGAUCCAGAGGGAUCUACUGAACGCUACACACGCUGGAUCAACAACAUCAGCCAGGAUCAACUCACCACCCAGGUGUACACCUCUCACGGCCCUACGGUCGUCAUGCCAACCUGGUUCUGCUCCAGGGAUUGGUUCCAGCGGGUCGGAUCAUUCGACGAGGGCGGCAAGGGAGUUCCAGAGGAUCUGUUGUGGUUCUAUCAGAGUGUUGGUCAGGGAGGAGGUGUGGUCAGAGUGGACCAGUGUUUACUAGUCUACCGCUACCAUCAACAAGCUGCUACACACUCUGUCCUGGAGGAAACCAUUUGGAACCUCCGUGUGGCCUUCCUCCAGGAGAGAGUUAUCAACCAAUGGGAAUCCUUCACCAUAUGGAAUGCUGGGAAACAGGGCCGGAAACUCUACCGCUGCCUCAGUCCCUCCAAUCAGAAGAAGGUCCGAGCGUUCUGCGAUGUGGACGAGAAAAAGAUCAAGAAAGGCUUCUACACCUAUGAGGAGUCCAAGGAGAGGCCCAAGCCUAAGAUCCCUGUCCUGCACUACAGAGACGCCUCUCCACCCUGCAUCAUCUGUGUCAAGCUGGACAUGACCGGAGGAGUGUUUGAAGAGAACCUGAAGUCUCUCCAUCUGGAAGAAGGAGUGGACUACUACCACUUCAACUGACACUGGGAUGGAGAGAUGGAGAGGGAGGAGGGUGGGCCACUACCACUUCAACUGACACUGGGAUGGAGAGAUGGAGAGGGAGGAGGGUGGGCCACUACCACUUCAACUGACACUGGGAUGGAGGGAUGGAGAGAUGGAGAGAUGGAGGGAUGGAGAGA